GCUGACUUCACCCCAAACAGGAAGAGGAAGCGACCAACCAGUCAAGAUGAUAUAGCUAAGUGGUUUGUUUGUUUGUUUUACUUGAUAAGAGAAAAGUUCAAAGUGAAAAGAUGUUUGGUGGGGAAGAUGAAGACGGAGACUUUCUGUCCCCCUCAGGAGGAGCCAAGUUGGCUUCCCUUUUUGGACUAGACCAGGUAACCAGUCAAGGAAAUGAUUCCUUUCAGUAUACAGCCCCCAAACAGCCCAGGAAGACCUCCAGUCAAGCACCAGAGAGUCAGAAACAGCCUGGAGCUCCUGCAGUGUUACUCGCCUCUGCAGUUCAGGCCUUUAAAUAUACUAACGGACAAUACAUGAAGCAAGGAAAGCUGGGAGCAGCUGUGCUGGGCAACCACACAACAAAAGAGUACAAGCUUCUGCUGUAUUUGAGCCAACAGAAACCAGUGACUGCUGCCAGGAUUCAUGUGGGCUUUUUUUUUACGGUACAGCUAAACAAUUACUGCACGUUUUAUGAUGACCAGAGGCAGAACUGGUCCCUGAUGUUUGAAUCAGAGAAAAAUGCAUCAGACUUUUGCAAAGAGGUAUGUCUGGCCAAAGCAAACUGUUCCUCCUCUUUAGACUCUGUGGUGACUCAGGAUCUUAGUCUUGGUGAGGGCCAAGUGGUGGAGAGUGGAGACUCUGUGGAGGUGGUGUACACGGGCUGGCUCCUGCAGAACCACGCCAUCGGACAGAUGUUUGAUUGCAACCAGAACAAAGACAAGCUGCUACGACUUAAAAUCGGAGCUGGGAAAGUAAUCAAAGGAUGGGAGGAAGGAAUGCUGGGAAUGAAGAAAGCUGGCCGUCGUCUCAUUAUCAUCCCGCCCACUCUAGCUUAUGGAUCCAAGGGGGUUCCGAACAGUAUACCGCCUAACAGCACUCUGAUCUUUGAAGUGGAGCUACGACGGGUGAAGUUUUCCAAAGACAGUGGUUCUGAUCAGGCAAGUUCCAGCUCCAGAGAAUCUGCUGCUCCCUCCCUGGCACCAUCUCCAUCCCCCAGUGUGGAAAAUUUGAUCUCAGACCCUCCAAUGCUGUCAUCUUCUUCAGCUUCUGGCAAACCAGGGGAGCCGCCACUUCGAGCCAAGUCGAACUCUCUGAGUGAACAGCUGGGGCAGCAUCCAGAUGCCACUAAAGCCAAGCUGAUUUCUCGCAUGGCGAAGAUGGGGCAGCCCAUGCUGCCCUUUAUGACCGGAGCUGCCAGCCAGCCUGAGUCUAGUGACUCUGAGCUGGAGCUUCAUCUCCAGGACACCAGCAUCAACAGAGUGAAGGAUUGUCCUACAGCUCCAUCUCCAGUGCCGAUCACAGCUGCCACCCCAGCUUCUACACAGAUCCAUCCUCAUCCUUACAGCGCUCCGUCGUCCGCCUUACUUCCCAUCAUUCCUUCUGUUGGCCCUUAUCCUGGGCUCCCUGGAAGCAGCCAUGCUUUUCAGACUUCUGCAGUUCCUUCUCAUAUGCAGGCCGUCGGCCAAGUCUACCCUCCUCAGACUGUCCCAUACGUGGGUUCUGGGGAUUUGACUUCCUUCUUAAUGACGGAGGCUCGGCAGCACAACACAGAGAUCAGGUUAGCCAUGGGAAAAGUAGCAGAUAAGGUGGAUCAUCUAGCCUCCAAGAUUAGUGAUCUUGAAAGGCAGGGAGCUCAUUCUGUUGGUGUAGCUGGUAUGACGAUGGAAACAUCUAUGAUGGUGCACAAUAUUAACCGAAUUGUUCAGGAAAACGAAUCUUUGAAAAAGGAAAUGUUUGAGAAAAGCUCUCGUAUUGAGGAGCAGAACCGUAAGAUUGGGGAUCUCAUCAACCAGAACCAGAAGUACAUGGAGCAGAGUCACCAGCUGCUGGAGCAGAGGAACGACUCCCUCAAGUCCUCCAGUGAACAUAACCAGGCCCGAUUACUGCAGGCUGAGCAAGACAAGGUCUGUCUGACAGAGGAGCUGGCUACGUCCACCGCACGGGUAUCUCAGCUGCAGCUUGAAGCAUCAACUCACCAACAGAAGGCUGCAAAGCUGCAGUGUGAACUCAGCUCAGCAUUGCAGGACAACGAGAGCCACUGCAAACACAUUGCCUCUCUGGAAGCACAGCUAGAAGAGCUGAAGGAGGCAGCGGAGAGGACUCAGACUCAGUACCGCUCAGAGAAGCAAAGACGCAAAGAGAUGGAGCUGAGACUCACGGCCAUGGAGGAGGAACUGCAGGACCUAAAAUCUGAUAAAGAAAACCUAGAACGAACUGUGUCUGAAAGGAAGAAGAAAUGGCUGGCAGAACGUCAGCAUCGGGAUGAGGAAGUGGAAGAGCUCCGGAAGAGCAGCCUGCAGGAGCUAGACAACCUCCGAGCUCAGCUCCGUAAGGCCAGGACCUGCAACGACAGUGCUGCAUCUGAGCAGCUCUCUCAGCUGCAGGCAGACCUUGAGGAAGAAUGGAGGAGGAAGACUGAGCAGAUCUUGGUUGUAGCUAAAGAACAGCACCACAGAGAGCUGUCUAAAAUAAUGGAGAACAGGGAUACACUUCAGGAAAAGCUAACUGGACUGCAAGAAAAGUACUUGGCCUUGGAGCAGCAGGGAGGCGCUGUGAAGGAAAAGCUGGAAAGACGAGUGGCUGAACUGGAGAGGGAAGCGGAAGUGCAGGAGAGUGCAAAGGAGACAGCAGCAGAGGUGAAACGUGUGAUGAAUGGAGUGUUUCAUUCUCUGCGGGCAGAGUUUGAGCUCAGUGAAACCUACAGUGGCCAGGCUGUGCUGGGGGUGAUUGUCACUACUAUUAAGAAUGUAACGCUACAGUUGCUCAGUGGCACUAAAACCAGAUCCCCACUGAAACCAGAUAACAGGGAAGAGGAAAAUGAAGACAAUGAAAGUGAGGAUGUGAAAAAACUGGAGCAGAAAUGUCAUGUUCACGUUAACGGGGAAAGAGAAGUGAAAGAGAAGAAGAUCGUAGAGGAGGAACAUGUGGCCCAUGCAGAUUAUCAUCAAGUCAACGAGGCCCAGAUGGUUCAGGACGUGAAACCAGAAACCGUAACUAAGUCAGAGGCACCAAGCCAGGCAGAGGAUUCUGAGGCUUCUGACGUCCAUCCAGUUUCCAGCGCUGAGCCUGCAUCCCAAGAUCCAGAAACAGAACCUGUAGAGUCUGUGGUCCAACAGGAACAGGAGCAGCCCUCUGCCUCUGACACAUGUACUACAGAAAAAGAUUUGAACAAGUGUUUGCCUCCUGUUUGUAGACCUGAUGAGAGCUCAGUGCCUGAGGAUGCUGAAGAAGAAUCUGCUGGAGAGAACAGUGGGGUAGAUUUAAAGACAGAGACACAAAGUGUGGAAGAUACAGAUCAUGCAGAUCAUAUUAGAGAAAUAACUGCCUCUGCUUCUCUGAAAGCAUUUGGACCCCCAGCCAACCCACCUCCACCCCCAACUGUUGAACAGAGCAGCUCUGCAGAGGACACAAGUCUGACUGGAGGAAUGGGAGAAGAAUCAAUUUUCCAGGUCACGCCUCCUGCCAAACCCCCUGCUGGUGCAAGUGAGGAGGAAGAGGAGGAGGAGAUGAGCUUAAAGGGGCGUCCACCGCCGGCCCCUCUGUUCGGUGAGGAGGAGGAGGAUGAUGAUCUGGACUGGAUGAACUGACUUCACAGUCCAGUCCUUAUUUCCUUUACCAAAAUCAGACCUGGUUGUUGUUUUUGCUCGUUGGAGUUCUGAAUGUGACCAGACAUGCUCCUGCUGAUGGACUGAACAGAGCAGAUGAGCGACUCAUCUGCCGCCGCAGCUUCCAGGACAGAAACCCAGCCACCUCACUCUCUGAUUGUGGUAGAUAAAACAGUUCUGUACUUCACUGAAGAAUCAAAUCCCUUUAUUUAAUUUUGAAAUAAACUGUUGAGUAUCUUAUUUUUUACUUAGCACUUAGCAGAUCAGUUUUUUUUAAUCACCAUCAAUUAACUUUUCAGGGUUUUAAACGAUAUGACCCAGUUUUGAAGUAUAGAACUUUUACAGUUUUACUAACAUCAGAAUUAGGUUAGAAAAAAAUUAGCCUGACCUUGGAUUGUUUUUGAAUCUUAAACAUUUCCUUGUGAGCAGUUUGAUAAUGAAGAAAUCAGGAAUUUAACUACUGGAUGUCAGCCUUCUGGUUAUUUGGCAGAUCUGUCCUAAAUGUAAUUAAAUGAUUCCUACAGUA